AUGCCGGCUAAAAUUCCUACAAGAGGUCAUACGUCAAAAGGUACUGAGGCACUUAAUGAUUCUCAAAUAAAUAUUGAAGAAUUAGUUCGAGAAGUACUUCAGUCUGAUGUAAUGUUAAAAGAUAUCGAUCGAUGGGAAGAGACCACCAUCGCACAAAAGGCACCGGGAAAACGUAUCGAAAAAGUAAAGCGCACAACUGUGACUCUAUUUGAUGAAACGUCUUGGUUGAGUGAGGAACGUCAGUUGAAAGUGAAUGAGUUCUAUGGAAAGAGCAAUCAGCGGUGGCAGUUGAUUUAUCGAGCUAGUAGAGACGGUUUUGGUGCUAAAGACUUUCAUGAUCGAUGUAAUGAUCAAGGUGCAACAGUGACGGUUAUCAGAUCCAAGAAUGGAUAUUUGUUUGGAGGAUAUACACGAGUACCGUGGAAGAGUGAUGGAGGAUGGAAAGAAGAUGCAUCAUCAUUUCUGUUCACUUUGUCUAAUCCACACAGUAUACCACCAAGAAAGUAUCACGUUGAUCCGCAACAAAGUAAGUAUGCUGUUCGACAUCGUGCUGGUUGUGGACCAGCAUUUGGAGUUGUAAAUAUACCAUUACCAACACCAACAUCAAUCGAAGAUAUAAGUAUUCUGCAGCAAUUAACAGUAACCAAUGGUGGUGAUCGGUUUUUAUUAUAUGAUAAUGAAGACAGUGACUACAGAACAAUUAUAUUAUCCUCUGAUGAUGACUUAAACCGUUUAUCAAAUUCUGAACAUUGGCAUGCUGAUGGUACAUUCAAGAUAGCUCCACAACUUAUUUAUCAAUUAUAUAUAAUACAUGGUUUUAUUCGUGGGCGUUCUGUACCACUGGUGUAUGCUCUUCUUCCUGGUAAAUCUGAAGCCGUUUAUGGUGAACUAUUUAAUGUUUUGGUACAAAAUGUCAACAAACAUCCAAAAUCAAUUACAACUGACUUUGAGCAAGCUGUCGAAAAUGUUAUUAAACAAAAAUUACCAACAACAACAAUCAGCGGAUGUUUUCCUCAUUUUAAACAAGCUUUAUGGAGAAUGAUCGCGAAGUUCGACGUUACUUAA